AUGGAGGACGGAUCCGAAGACAUUAGUCCUUGGUCGGAAUGGGUUCGUCGUAGUAGCACUGCUAGUCGAUGGAGACUCCGCAGCAUCUCCGGUGUUGACGGCCCUACAAGCAGGUUGCCCUCAUCGUCGGUGGCAUCUAUGACAACCGGGAAUUUAGCUGCUCGGCAAUCUACCAACCAGUCCUACAACAGUGCGCCUGUUUCUCCUAGCACGUUCAUCGACCCGCCACGACCGGCUAGAGAUGGACACGAAUGGGUCUGGUUUCCUGCGGGCUACUGGGCCGAACGUGAGGUCAUCGAAAGCCCUAGGAAGGUUAUGAAGCAUUUUAAGUGGCGCAAGCGCUCCGGCAAGAGUAGCUCCGGAAAAGACACCCAGGAGGACCUACAGCGCUCCCCGAGUAAUUCAUGGGCCCAGGCACCCCAAAACAGCCCCUUUCUCACCGAAGAAGCACACGUCCAAUCUCUACAACGGCCAGCGAUAUCACGAAAUGGCACCAGUAGUGGGAGCGGCGGAUCUACGUUCCCAUUGAAUCGACCCUUACAGACACCUCUAUCUAGCCCCUAUCUCACCGAAGAAGCCCAUGUCCAAUCAUUGCAGAGGUCUCCAUUAGUCGUUGAUUGCCUUAACUGCAACAGUGGCAUAUCCAUACCGAGACUGACUUCGAAACCAAUCCAAAGUUCGCCGCUUAUAAACGAUAAAGGAGACUCAGAUUCCGCUACUCCUAUAGUAACGCCUUUAGAGAAGUCAGCAAGCAUCGCAACAGCGUCCCUUUCUUCCAUUUUCCACAACUCGACGACUAGCCAGGAGGGCAAACCCAAGAGAUCGUUCAUGGCGAGGAUUCUCCCGGAUCAUAAACCGAAGAUCAAGAAGACGCCUGACGACGACGACGAUGAUGAUUUUAACUAUGGCUACAUGAAGGGCAAAACCGGAGGCGCGAAGACACAGGUCAUAAGCCAAAGCCAGAGCCAGUCGGCCAUGCGCCGCGUAGUAUCACUGUUGCGCGAGGAAAGUAAGGAUAAGAAAAGCCGCGGCGACUGGCCCCACAGAAUUUUCGGGAAGAGCCCUUGGCACCGCGAAGCCUUUGCUGGCUCAGAAGCUAGUGUCGCAAGCUCCGUCUCGAGCUCCGUCCGCGAUGUGCUUCGCGGCCGAACCCCUUUCACUAGUCCAGUCUCUGAUAUAGACCGACUCAAUUCUUUCAGCGCACAAUUCCCUGGCGGUGAAGCAACACGUAUAAAGACACCACCGAUCCGCGAGAGCGGCCACCACGCCGGCCGACCACGGUCAUUCUUCUUCGAUAUAUCAACGCCGCCAGCACGCGAUGGCAGUUUGGGAAGCAGUGCAGAGCACAGCGACUACUACCACACUCCCUUUCCCACCACCACCACCGAGCGUGAUGAGAAAGACAGGAGUAGCCCAAAGAAGGAGAGAGAAACGGAGAGGGAGAAGAGAGAUCAGGGCGACAAAGAGUGGUGGGAGGUGCCGGUAGCAGUCCCACAGUACGGGGCCAUGGCACCCAGUUCCUUCGAGUUUAACAUGCCGGAACAUCUACCCAACAGCCCCAUGUGCCCAGCCAACAAGCGUCACAAGUCCGGCGGCACCGGAGUGUGCGUGUACCACGGCCGAAGGAAAAGGAGCGGGCCCCACGCCAAGAGCAAGAACAGGGGCAGCGACGAAGACGCGGACAGAACCGUAUGGGCGGAGGCAGAGAAUAGAUAA